AGUCGUCCAGCGAGCGAGCGAGCGAGUCUGUCGGAGCUCCUAACACUCACGCAAACUGCUUCCACGCGCCGACAACAAACGCCUAUAAGCUUCCUUCGCGUUGGAACGGAUUUCUACUGUCUCCACUCCACAUUUCCCCCCAGCGCUUCGAACGAUACGCACUGGAGUUUUUGGCUUUACGCUUCUUCUUUUUUUUGUAAGGGGGAAUUAUGCAGCAGCGAGGAAGGAUGCGGGUCUCGUUGUAGUCUCCCAAUUCGGAAUACCUCCAAAUGGACGCUGCUGAGCUGGAACUCCUUACCCCCUCUUUUCCAACUGCUAUGGACUCUCGCCAAGCCAUGCAAGUGACCUUUAUCACGCCAUGAAUGCCAGCAACGCGAUUCAAAGAGGACACAACUAACCUUUUCUUGUUAUCUAAGAAGGAGCUGUUGAUCUGAAGAGACGCAACAGAGAAGGAGGGAGAGGGAGGAGAAAGCGGACAGCAGGAGGGAACCGGGGGUCGAGUUAGAAAGACUUUGAGAUCAACAAAUAAACAAACAGACCGACAAAUGGCCGCCAGGAUGCCAAAUCGGUCGAAGAAGACGUUUACGGAUCUUUGCUCGCUUCUGCUGCUGUUGUGGAUUACUUGUACGGCAAGCAGUCCCAUCUCCAGCCGCUCCAGAGGUACGCAGGCCGGCGGUGGCAGGGCAUCCGGGGCAACUGUGGUGGCGAGCGGCCCCGGAAGCGAAGGACAGAGAUUACUGAGUCGCGCCAAGAGAGGAUGGGUUUGGAAUCAAAUGUUUGUGCUGGAGGAGUUCUCGGGACCCGAUCCAAUCCUGGUUGGCAGGCUACACACAGACUUGGACGUGGGCAACAAGAACAUCAAGUACGUCCUGGCGGGUGAAGGCGCGGGCACCAUCUUCGCCAUCAACGAGCUGACGGGUGACAUCCACGCCAUGAAGAGGCUGGACCGCGAGGAGAAGGCGGAGUACACGCUCACGGCACAGGUGGUCAACGCGGACACGGACGAACCGCUGGAACCUCCGUCGGGCUUCAUCAUCAAAGUGCAGGACAUAAACGACAAUCCCCCGCAGUUCAUCGAAGGGCCGUACCGCGCCUCUGUGCCCGAGAUGUCCGCCGUGGGAACUCCGGUGACCCAGGUGACUGCCACGGACGCUGACGACGCCGGUUAUGGCAACAGCGCUAAGCUAGUCUACAGCAUUCUGGAAGGUCAACCGUACUUCUCUGUGGACCCCAACUCAGCGACCAUAAAGAUCGCCCUCCAUGAGAUGGACCGCGAGAUGAGGGAGGAGUACCUAGUAGUGAUCCAGGCCAAGGAUAUGGGAGGACACAUGGGAGGACUAUCCGGGACGACCACCGUCACUGUCACCCUAACCGACAUCAACGACAACCCGCCCAAGUUCUCCAAAAGUUUGUAUGAGUUUGUGAUUCCGGAGGACAUACCGUUGGGGAAGACAGGGGGCAAAGUGUGGGCCAGCGACAGGGACAUCGGGGAGAACGCCAAGUCCACGUACAACAUAAUCGAUGGAGACGGCCUGGGCAUAUUCGAGAUCGUCACCGACGCGCAGACCCAAGAGGGGAUACUACGCCUCAGAAAGCCGUUGGAUUACGAGACCAGACACGCCUACACUCUCAAAGUAGAGGCCACCAACGUGCGCCCCGGGCCGAACGGGGACAUGCCGUACAAAGACACGGCCACGGUGAAGAUCGUGGUGUUGGACUCGGACGAGCCCCCAGUUUUCUCCAAACCCAUGUACCUGCUGGAGGUCAAAGAGAACGCACCCAUCAACACUGUGAUUGGCUCCGUCACCGCCAGGGACCCUGACUCCUCUGGAAGUGCUGUCAGGUACGUCAUCGACCGACACACAGACUUGGAGCGUCAGUUCAACAUAAACGUAGACGACGGCAAGAUCACCCUGGCCAAACCUCUGGACCGCGAAACCGACAUGUGGCACAACAUCACAGUCACGGCUACCGAAAUCAAUAACCACAGUCAGAUCUCCAGAGCCAUUGUGGCCAUCCGCGUCAUGGACAUCAACGACAACGCGCCCGAAUUCGCCACAGAAUACGAAGCCUUCUUGUGUGAAAACGGAAAACCCGGACAGGUGAUCCAGACCCUCAGUGCGGUUGACAAAGACGAUCCGAUCCAAGGCCACUACUUUGAUUACCGGCUAGUGCCCGAAAUGCUCAACAAUCCCAACUUCACCAUAAAAAAUAACCAAGACAAUUCAAUCAGCGUUCUAGCCAAGCAUGACACCUUCCGACGGCAGAAGCAAGAGAUGUACUUCUUGCCAAUCAUUGUCACCGACAACGGACACCCGCCGAUGAGCAGCACCAACACGCUAACCAUUCGAGUCUGUGGCUGCAGCAAAGAAGGAGAAGUCCAGUCCUGCAAUGUAGAGGCCUACGUUCUGCCCAUCGGCCUUAGUAUGGGGGCCCUGAUAGCGAUUCUUGCCUGCAUUACACUGCUGCUAGUAAUAGUGGUGCUUUUCGUGACUCUGAGAAGACACAAGAACGAACCUUUGAUAAUCAAGGAUGACGAGGAUGUGAGGGAGAACAUCAUCCGCUACGACGACGAAGGAGGUGGCGAGGAGGACACAGAGGCGUUCGACAUAGCCACUCUCCAGAACCCAGACGGAAUCAACGGCUACCUUCCGCGCAAAGACAUCAAACCCGACCUCCAGUUCAUGCCCAGGGCGGGACAGCACUCCGGCCCCAAUGGUGUCGACGUGGACGAGUUCAUCAACGUCCGACUCCACGAAGCAGACAAUGACCCAACGGCGCCCCCUUACGAUUCAAUCCAGAUCUACGGCUACGAAGGCAGGGGGUCCAUCGCGGGCUCACUAAGCUCGUUGGAAACUGCGUCAUCGGACUCAGACCAAAACUAUGACUAUCUGAGAGAGUGGGGUCCGAGGUUCAGAAGACUUGGGGAGCUGUAUUCCGUAGGUGAAAGCGACCGCGAGACCUGACGCUUGAUUUCAUAAGUAAAAAAAAAUCAAAAACACUUUUCAGAUGUUUUCUUUCUGUCCACAUACUUGUGUAUUAAUACGCUAGGAAGGAAUGGAGGCUUUUAGAAACAGAAAAAAACAAAAUAAAAGAACAAAAAAAGUUACCAAGACGGGAGGCCACCUUUUUUUGUAUUCUUAGAGUGAGGUCUAGCGAUCGUCAUCCACUAUGUCAAGCGCAUUGUAAUUGUCAAGCCAAACAAUGUCUUUUAGUAGGAGAUGUAUGAUUCUUGUGAACUUAGAUUCCUUUGUGGAGUGUUCUAGCAGUAUUUCGGGUGUUAGUCAUAUGCUGUGACUGCCAGUAGCAAGAGACUUUUCUGGAUUUUGCACGCUUCUUUGAGACAUAAGUGGACAUCUAUGAACUCCGAGGCUGGACAUUAGAAGAAGGCGUGACGGGAUCUUGUUGCAUAGCUUGCCUGGCCACCCAACGGAUUGAUUGGAAGCAAAAUGACAAUGAAAAGCAAUAUACUGUAUACAUGAUGAAUGUAUGAUUCGAAAAAGACGCAAAAAGAGACAAAGCAGUAUUGACUUUAAGUGAAUUUCUUAUUAUUUGAUAUGUUCUCCGGCGGCCACAUUUAUAAACUGUCCAAGAGCCCCCAAAAGGCUUGCUUUAUACUACACUUUGUAUUUACAUGCUCCAGGUGUGGCUGUACUAUGUUGUUAGCCUAUAACAGACUGGUGUGAAGACAACAAAAAGAGAAAUGUAGAAACUUUGAGGCCUUCUUUUUACAGAAGCAACAUUAAAUACAAUUGUAAUCUAAUGUUUUUGGACAAGUGUUGAUUCUUCAUUACAGUUCUAUGAGUUUUUGUAUAUUUGUUCUUCAAUCAUUUCUUUUUUCUGUGCUGACAAUUUUGAAGUGAGUGUGCUUAGACAAUUUCACAAGCAGAUGUUUUCUCUCAGCCCUUUGCGAACUGUCUUAAACUUCCAAACAUCAUACCAUAACAUGUAUCGCAGUUGACAAUAGACUAGGCGUAAGCGAGCAAAAGUUCUUUGUAACCAUGAUAUUUUAGAUGGUCUUGAUAAUCAGGAUAUGAAUUCUUACUGUUAGGAGACCAUCUAAGCACAGUGCAAUAGCAGAGUGAAUAAACAAGGACAACCCAUAAAUUUGCAGUCAAUUUCAGGCCAUGUGCAUACCGUGCUUACAUUACUACUGUAUGAUACCAGUGAAAAAGACUACUGUACAUAAAGUUACUGCUAACAUCAUUAGCUUUCGAUGAGGUGGUAGGUUUUGUCUCUGCACGUUAGCUCUUGCACAUAAUGAGAAGUCCAAUGGCACUCCAGCUGCGUGCAGUUUGUAUGGAUACCAGUAUUAUGGCAGUUCUCGGUAGACUAAACAAUAUACUAUAUGGGAUAGUCCUACAUGCAGAUCAUAUUUUCUACUGUGCUUUAAUGCUUAUAAAUGUGUAUGUUCAAUUAUUUA